GCUAUCCCGCUCAAGGCAGAGAUGUUUGGGGUAUGAGUUGAUCGCAUUCUAGUAAUGUUGAGGACUCUGUGCUUGGAUGAUACUGGAGUUGAACACCGGGGAACAUUAUAGGCAAAGAGACCGCAAUGGCUUCAACGCUCGAGAAUCUGGCUGAUUCAUUGAAACUGUUCAUCAUUGAAACGUAUGGAAAUGCAAAAUGGGACAAAACACAGGAGAAAACAACACAAGUUUCUACGAGGACAAACAAGCCAAAGGAUGGAGAGAAAUGUUCAAAAGAGAGCGAUGUUUUCGAUGGUGGCUCUGUCGGGCAUAUGAGAAAUUCCUUGAAAACAUUAUCACAAAUAGCCGGCAAACAUGAAGAUCAAGUCAUGGAAGCGUUUGGACGGUUUGCAUUUGACACCUGCCUUAAGCAGCCACAGGGGAAAAUACUCUUCUCCCUCGGAAACUCCUUGUGCGACUUCCUCAACAGCCUGGAUAACUUCCUGGAGAUCUUUAUUCAGUCACACGAGUGCUUGAGGAAUGCCAAGGCACCCACCUUCAGCUGUAAAGUUAUGGGUCGAUGCCUGGAGUUGCAUUAUUAUCCAACCCAUAGCGGUUGGGAACACUUCAUCAUCGGCUCAGUAACACGGGCUGCUCACGUGCUAUUCAAAAGAAAUGUACUAAUAAAACUAGAGGAUACUGGGAGAGACCCGGACCAUAGAGUAUUCAGCAUACGGGAGAAGGAUCAGCAAUUAAAAACGCAGAAUUCUUUAGCUACUAAACGGCAACUACGUUCGACAUCGCCUCAGGACCUACCCAUUGGUGUCCAAACACUGUGUUCAACUUUCCCAUUCCAUGUGAUUUUGGACAAAGAACUACAAAUUAAACAAAUGGGGUCAGCAUUAUUGAGACUAAUAGGUCCGGCAAUCCGACAUGAUAGGAAGUUUAGUACGUACUUCGAGCUUGAUCAACCGGAUAUAACGUUAGGUUUCCAGCCGAUUUUGUGCAGAAUAAACGCGACGUUUUCCGUUCAACUAAAGUCUGCUACUCAAAUAGACGACUCGGGUAAAAGGGUAACAUUGAUGGAGUUAAAAGGACAAAUGAUUCAUCUCCCUGAAUCAAACGCCAUCUUAUUCCUCGCCUCGCCAUUGGUGGAGAAACUCGAACAACUAAAAGGGCGUGGCUUAUUCUUGAGUGACAUUCCAAUCCAUGAUGCCACGCGUGACUUGAUUCUGGUCAGUGAGCAGGCAAAUGCACAAGACGGCUUAAAAAAGCGCAUGGAGCAAAUACAAAAGGAGCUACAGCAAGCGUCGAGUGAGUUAGAAGAAGAAAAAAAGAAAACUGAGAAUUUACUUUCUUCUAUAUUUCCACACGAUGUGGCGAACAAGUUGAUAAACAAACAGCCAAUUCCCGCGCGACAUAUCCAGAACGUCACCAUGUUGUUUAGCGAUAUUGUGGGCUUCACGGCGAUUUGUGGUAAAUGCAGCGCUAUGGACGUUGUUGAGAUGCUGAAAAGUCUGUACACCAAGUUUGACAAGCUUUGUGGUGAGCUGGAUUUGUACAAGGUGGAGACAAUCGGAGACGCGUACGUGGUGGCGGGCGGGGUACAGAACCAUUGCGGGACUGCUGAAGACGCGUACCACGUGGCGCUCAUGGCCGUGGGGAUGAUUGAUCACAUACGAGACGUGCUCUCACCAGAGGGCGUGCCACUAAAGAUGCGCGUUGGUAUUCACACUGGGUCGGUUUUGUCAGGGGUGGUCGGGACCAAGAUGCCUCGCUACUGUCUCUUCGGUCAUGACGUCACCUUAGCCAACAAAAUGGAAUCGGAGAGCGAAGCUGGCAGAAUAAACAUCAGCCCUACUACAUACGAAUUAAUCCGUGAACACAAGGAAUUCAUUUUCACUGAACGACCACGUAGCGCUCUGCCAGACGGUUUCAGCAGCCAUGUCCAUGGAACAUGUCACUUCCUGAAAAAGAAAGCCACCUCCCUAAAACACGACGAGUCCUUAUGGGAGAAACUUGAGUCGAGCAGAAUCAGGCGAAAAACAUCGCCCGACACGCCGACAUGGGACACGGAGGGCAGCUUGUGUGACGUCACAGAUGAUACCGUCACGGGGCUGACUGCAAAGACAUUUCUCGAUGAUGUAAAUAACUAUGUAACAAUCGAGAAGGCGACUAGAAACUCUUUUAAGGAGACGACAGUUAGUUCAAGGACUAUGUACGGGUUCGUGAAUAGAGCUCUUCAAGAUCUUGUCAUACAAGGCUACGGGCCCGAUGUUUGGAAGGAAAUCUUGAAAAAAGCGAACCUAGAUCUUGGGGACUCCAGAGAGUUCAACGAGAGGCGAAUCUACGACGACCAAAACACUUCCGAUCUAUUGAUAGUCGCUGAGGAUGUGAUCGGGUUAUCCAAAAAUACAAUUCUCGAGAGAUUUGGUGACGCCUUCUUCGAGCAUUGCAUCGGAUCAGGAUACGAUAGUAUGAUCCGUAGCCUCGGAGGAAACCUCAUGGACUUUUUCAACUCCCUGGACGGGCUUCACGAGCAAUUACUUCUCCUCUACCCAGGAAUGAGGCCGCCAUCUUUCCGAGCUAAGCGACACAACAUCGACAUGAAACUUGAGCUUGUGUACACAUCUGAACGCUCUGGUCUCGAGUACAUGGUCGUUGGACUUGUCAAGACAGUAGCAAGGAAGCUUUACGGUAUCCAAGUUAACGUGGAAUUAGCCUCAAUGUCAAGUAAAGACCAGUCCUGGGCCAUUUUCUACGUUUUAUCUCAACAUCAGGAUGAGAUGAAGUAUAUAUUACCUACAGACACAACUCUUGAAAGGACUAUGAAAGAGCUUAGCAUAAUGACCCUUAGUUCAAGAAUCGGAACUGCAGCAUUUUGCAGGGCGUGCCCUUUCCAUGCGGUAUUUGACCAGCGGAUGGUUAUAUACCAGGCAGGCAUCUCGCUAUGCCGUGUGCUUCCAGCAGUACGAGUAGGAAAAUCUAAACUCACAGACAUUUUUGAGAGCAUACGGCCGCCUAUAAAGCUGACAUUUGAUAACAUUUUACAGUACAUUAAUAAGGUUUAUGUUAUCAAGACGAAGUCAGGUCUUCUGGAUUCUGCUUCAUUGAGUACAGUUUCUGAAGAUGACUACGGCAACUUGGAGUCCCCUUCAAUGCGCUUUCGGGGGCAGAUGAUGUAUCUACCAGAAUGCAACAGCAUAAUGUUUCUUGCAUCUCCAAGUGUUGUAAAUCUCGAUGGACUGAAUGAAAAAGGUCUUUACAUGAGUGAUAUCCCUAUCCACGAUGCAACUAGAGACCUCAUUCUCCUCUCCGAACAACACAAUGCGGAGUUCAAGCUCUCGCAAAGGCUAGAGAUCCUAACAGACAAACUACAGCAGACGUCUCGAGAGCUAGAGAACGAGCAGCAACUCAACGAUCGCCUACUCUACAGCAUCCUCCCUGCCUCGGUGGCGAACGACCUGCGUCUUCGAAAGCCAGUCAAUGCCAACAAGUAUGAGAUUGUCACUAUCAUGUUCAGUGGAAUUGUCGACUUCACCAACUACUGCAACAAGAUCAAGGAGCCAAUGGAAAUCGUGGAGAUGCUGAACGAGGUUUAUACGGAAUUCGAUCAACUCACGGAUAGCAAUGAUGAUAUUUAUAAGGUUGAAACAGUUGGUGACAAGUACAUGGCUGUCAGCGGCUUGCCGACAAGAUGCGAUAAGCAUGCGCUGAACAUCGCAAACCUUGCACUGGAUAUGAUAGACAUCUCGAAGGGCAUGAAGGCCAAGGGCAUACAACUACAGGUUACUAUAGGCAUUCACUCGGGGGAAGUGGUGGCUGGUGUAGUCGGGCAGAAGAAACCUCGGUAUUGUCUGUUUGGAAACACUGUGAACCUCACCAGUCGAACCGAGACUACGGGCCUGAAGGGGAAAAUAAACGUCUCGGAAUACGCAUACAGGUGUUUGUUGGUGCAGCCGCAUGAGCAGUUCGUGUUCAAAAAGAGAGGUCCAGUGGUCAUGAAAGGCAAAAAAGAGCCAAUGAUAACUUAUAUCUUACAAAGGAAUGACAAAUAUCAACCAGACGGCGCCGAGCAAGACAUAAGCUUGCAGCAGUUAGAGUAGAAAAAAAGAGGUCUGGGUAUGACCAUACCCAGGAUUGGCUUAGGCUAAAUAAGAAAUGCCUUUAACAAAUUAAAAAUGAACCUUUUAAUGUGUGAAUAGAACGGUUUUUGUAUUUAUGUAUGUGAUAGUGAAACUAUUAAUGAAAUAAUUUCAUUAGUGAAAUAUUUUAUUAGUGAAAUAAAUUAAUGCCCUAGUCGGGAUCUUAAA